AGCAGUGUGCUGAAACUUCUCUGCUGGCCUCCUAGACUACCAUGAGGUAUUCUCAUCGAUAGACAGUUAAGCUAAGUGUGUCAAGAAAUAUGCACAAAACUCUGUUUGCUUAGGACCAUCUCCAGCUAGGGCAGAAAUAUCCAAGAGAAAGAAUGGCUGCAGGAUUGCUGCCAGCUUGGUCACAGAAUUCAGUGACCUUCCAGGAAGUGGCAGUGGACUUCUCUCAGGAAGAGUGGGCAUUGCUGGACCCUGCUCAAAAAAUUUUAUACAGAGAUGUGAUGCUGGAGAACUUUAGGAACCUGGCCUCAGUGGGGUAUCAGCUCUGCAAACACAGUCUCAUCUCCAAGGUAGAACAAGAAGAGCUGAGGACAGAGGAGAAAGGAAUAUUCCAAAGCAUCUUUGAAGACUGGGAAACUCAACUAAAAGAUUCAAUUCCUGUGCAGAAUGUUCCUGGGAAUACAACAUCCAAUGGCAUAAAAAUGGUACCAACCCAUCCUGGCAAGAAACCUAUAGAAAGAUUCUUCAGAAAGAACCCUUACCUUAUUUGUAUCAGUCAUUGCAAGGAAGAGAAAUUCUAUAAAUAUAAAGAAUACGGCAAAGGCUUCAAACGUCCCUCAACUACUAAAAGUCAUGUGAGUAUGCACACUGCAGAGAAAAUUUUAGAAUGUAAGGAUUGUGGGAAAGUUUUCAAUCAGGAGUCAUGCCUUAGAAAACACUUAAGAACUCUCACAGGAGAGAAGGCUUACAGGUGUAAUCAGUGUGGUGUAUCCUUCAGCCUUCACUUUUCCUUCUCAGGAUGUGAGCAAAUACAUACUGGAGAGAAAUUCUAUGAACGCACUGACUGUAGAACAAAGUCUUCCCUUAGUAUUCAUAAAAAAAUACAAACUGUGGAGGAGAGCUUGGAAUGUAACAAAUAUGGGAGAGCUUUCACUGACCCUUUGUCCCUUCAGAAAUGUGUCAGAACUCACACUAAAGAGAAACUCUAUGAGUGCAGUGACUGUGGAAAAGCCUUCAUUUUUCAGUCCUCCCUGAAGAAACAUAUGAGAUCCCACACUGGAGAGAAACCUUACGAGUGUAAUCAUUGUGGAAAAUCCUUCAGCCAGAGCUCUCAUCUCAAUGUGCACAAAAGAACUCACACUGGAGAGAAACCCUAUGAUUGUAAGGAGUGUGGGAAGGCCUUCACUGUUCCUUCAUCCCUUCAGAAACAUGUGAGAACCCACACUGGAGAGAAACCUUAUGAAUGCACUGACUGUGGAAAAGCCUUCAUUGAUCAGUCAUCCCUUAAGAAACACACACGGUCUCACACUGGAGAAAAACCAUAUGAGUGUAAUCAGUGUGGAAAAUCCUUCAGCACAGGCUCUUAUCUUAUUGUGCACAGAAGAACUCACACUGGAGAAAAAACCUAUGAGUGUAAAGAAUGCGGGAAGGCCUUUAGGAAUUCCUCUUGCCUGAGGGUACAUGUGAGAACACACACUGGAGAGAAGCCCUAUAAAUGCAUGCAGUGUGGGAAAGCCUUCAGCACAAGCACUAACCUUAUAAUGCACAAGCGAAUACAUAUAGGACAGAAAGUCUGUGAAUGAAAUGACUUUUGAGGAGGUUAUGUUGUCCUGCAUGUCUCAUUCCUCAUUCUAGAACUCACACUGGAGAGAAAUUGUAUUGUAAACCAUGUGGAAAAAGUAUUGAGGCACAAUUCUUAGUUCUUAUCAGUAAUGACUGUUUCAUACUUAAAGUGCCAUAACUCAUUAAUUUAUAAGCAUUGAAGACAAUAUAUCAGUAAACUGCUUGACUCACACCACAAAAGUUUUGAUAAUGUAAUAUUAUAAGUUAGUACUAAAUAAUGUCUGAUUCCUACCAAGAUAUUUUAGACCCACAGAUAAGUUAGAAGUGAGUUUAUUAAUAGGCAGAUCUUAUGUAUAUUUUAGUUAACUUUAUUUUAACUCAUUUUGGACAGAAUGCAUAGUCUUAAUGAUAUAGAUAAAUGUAAAAAGUUGGUAGAAACUUGCUGUGUGGUGUACGUAGCUGAUAGAACUAGUUACUGUCCCAAUAUUCAUUCUCUGCCCCCUUGUUCCUUAAAAUAAAAAUCUCACAAUUUUGUUUAAUUUGG